AUGCACACCCAACCCAGUGAUCCCGCUAUUCAAAUUAACAGGAGAACCUCCGUCUCCGCUGAAUCCAUUCAGCCUAACAAGAAUCCUGUUAAUCCUCCCAAAUCUCACAUCCCCAAAUCACCAGAUCAGAAAGCCAGGCUACAGAAAGCUCUUGCAAAGAAUUUCCUAUUUAAAAAUCUCCACGACGAGCAGUACGAUGACGUACUCAACGCCAUGAAAGAGGUACCCGUUCCGCAUGGCAAGUGGAUUAUCGAGCAAGGCGACGACGGCGACUAUUUCUACGUCGUCGAGAAGGGUGCCUUUUCUGCGUACAUCCGCGAAAAAGUGGAUUCUGAGAAAGUUGAGCAGCGUCAGGGUGACGUCACACCUCCUCAAUCCUGUCCAGAUGGCUACUUGCUAAAGAAAGUGCUUGACUAUGGUCCAGGUGGUAGUUUCGGUGAGUUGGCCCUAAUGUACAAUGCACCACGCGCCGCUUCCAUCCUCGCCACCUCCCCAUCAACGCUAUGGGCUGUCGACAGGCUCACCUUCCGCUCGAUCCUUCUCAACCACACCUUUUCCAAGCGCAAACUGUAUGAUGCCUUCCUCGCCGAAGUUGGUCUCUUGCAAUCGUUGCAACCCGCCGAACGCAGCAAGAUCGCAGAUGCACUUGAAUCUCGCUCUUACGCACCUUCUCAACAUGUUAUCACACAGGGAGAACAAGGCGACGAGUUUUUCUUCAUCGAAAAUGGUGAAGCGGAUAUUAUCAAGAGCGGUGUUAAAGUUGGUGCUUAUCGUAAGGGUGACUACUUCGGUGAACUCGCCCUCCUUAAUUCUGCUCCGAGGGCGGCGACCGUUGUAGCAAGUGAGUCACAGUCUACGGAUGACGGUAGACUUAAGGUGGCUGCUCUCGACGAACCCGCCUUCACCAGAUUGCUGGGCCCUGUCAGAGAUAUCAUGGCGAGACAUGCUGAGACUUACUGA